AUUAGCUGUAUCGUUACUCUUAGUAAGUUCGUAUAUAAUUGGGGAGCCCGCAUUUCUGAGGAACGCUCGUAUAAGACCAAAUUUUUUUCCUCCUGUUGCUAACUUUUUCGGUGUUUUAUACAGGUAAUUGCGUGAUUACAUGUUAUAUGAAGCUGCACCGGAGGGAAUGUUACCGUAUUAUAUGCAGUAUUAAUUAGGCCUAUAUUUUGUUGCUUUUAUAAGACUUCAGACUUUGUAAAAUGAUUCUUGGCUCUUACUGGGUUCGCCUUUGUCAACGGUAAUAUUGGUUUCGUGAAAGCUGGAAGCCUCGACACGGCCUAGAUUUCCUAUAAAGAGUCAAUUGACAAGAGUUAUCACAUAAAUUUUUGUGUAUAAAACGUAGAUAUCACUCAUAGAAGAAUUUGGCUACUAAAUUAUCUUGCACCUGAAGAAUAGAACGAAUAUUGUUUCAUUCAAGUGUUAUAUAUAAGAAAUGGCAGAAGCAAAUGCUUCAAGUGCGGAGAACAGCGUCGUCGUCUCUGAGGUCAAUUACGAAGAAGUUGCAAAAGCAACUUAUGGGGUGACGCAAGGCGAAAAUAUUCUUAGGAAAAUUCCAAACGUUUCAGCGGUGAAAUAUGAUGAAUGUCAAUCGAUACUGUACAAGUGUGAAAAUGUUCACACUGGACCAAAAUAUGAAUUUCAUUUUGGAGAAUCGAAAGCAAGUUCCUCAAAGAAAGAAGAUGAAGAAAGGAAUAAUAUAUUCAAAAAUUGCUCCCGAAAGAUAAAGGACAAAUAUAAGGCUUAUUUUUCUUACAUGAGAGCUUUCUUAUGGGAAGGAAAGAGAAACGAUUUUCCAUUAAAAGAUUAUUUCGUAGAAUUGACAUUAGAAAAGGCAGAUUUAUUUGGAAUGACAAGCGGAGAGGAAAUAUGUCUGAAUGAAAUAUUUGCCAUAGAACAAGAUGGACAUCAAACUAUUUUAGUUACAGGAGAUCCCGGUUAUGGUAAAUCUACUUUUUGCAAAAAAAUUGCGUACGAUUGGGCAUCCUCCAGUUAUCUGCAACACUUUCAAAUAACUUUUGUUGUAAGUUUACGAGAAUUAGGUGUUAAAAGCGUAAUAGGUGCAUUACUCGAUGAGAUGUAUAAACACCCACCAAGUGAUAAAGACUGGAAACUACAAGACAGCCAAGAAAACAUUUUGGUGAUUUUGGAUGGUUUCGAUGAGAGUGUAGACAAAUCUAAAAUUAUAAAAUUUAUAAGAGACGAAUCUUAUUAUAUUUCUGGUCGAAUGACGAUUGUGGUUACGAGUCGACCUCAAGCAGCUGAAGAAAUCAGAGAGGACAUGAACAUGUGGUUCUUAGUAAAAGGGUUUUCUUCGGUAAACCAAGAAAGAUACAUUAAAAAAAUGUUUAAAAAAGACUUGAGUAAAGCCGACAAACUCAUUUCUGAACUGGAAGAAAACGACUUUUAUAGAGAAAUAUCAGAAUGUCCUCUAAUGCUGCACAUGUUGUGUUGUCUUCGUCAGAAUGAAAAAAUAGAAAAACUUAAAACUAUGACUGAUUUAUACAUUAAAAUAUUUACUCUCAUAACUGAACGUUACUUAAGAAAAACUGAUCAGAAAGUUACGUUUAAAAGAGGAAAAUAUUUUGUGGGUGAAGAUUUAGUAUUGAAAUUGGUAAAAAAAUUCAAAUACUCCUUCACAUCAAAAGAUUUAGAGACUUUAUUCACGAAAGAAUAUGAACGCAAUUUCAUCAUUGGACUGGACAUUUUCACUGGCAGUUUCUUUUCUACAUGCGAUAAUAUAGUUGAGUAUAAUUUUCUUCAUCAUACAUUUUUUGAAUUUCUAUCAGCUUUAUUAAUGUAUAUGGAAAAUGUUUCAUUGUCAGAGGAGAUUAGAGAAACGGAAUUAUUAUUUAUAUUUGGAUUAUAUAAGGAUAAACCUUUACCCAAAAAGGUAAUAGCUGCAUUUGAAUAUAAUUUGUAUCAUAUUGUACAGGUUCUUCGCGCUCACAGAGAAAUGAAACUGAAAAACAAUUGGAAACAAUUUUGUUCUUAUGCAAAAGUUCUACUUAUUGAUUGGAGAGAUCUUAUUCUUAUCCAAAAGGCAUUGCAGUUGCUUGUAUUACCAGAAUUAUAUUUACUUUUUCACGAGACUCCAAUUGAAGGCGAAGAUCAGAAAAUGUACUUAAGUAAGUACCAAAAUUUCCGCCGUUUAGCGAAUAAAUUGAAGGUUAACGUUAUUAUUUUAAUUGAAAAAAAUUCUUCGGAUAAUUUACAAGAUAUCAGAGAACCUGUUUCAAGAAUUAUCGGUUUUUGUCAUGUAAUGAACAGAAUUAAUGUGGACAUUAAUUUAAUUGGCGUAUGCUGUGGCGAAUCCUGUAGCGCUAUGUUUAGUGAUUUCUUUAAUUAUGAUAUUCUUCAUUAUUUCACGAAUGUAAAUUACAAUUUAAAUCUGUCUAACAUUCGGGAAUCAUUAAACAUAAGUAUAGACGAGCAGUUAGUCGCAUUGCAAUGUUCGAACAGCGUGGAUGGACCCAUCACUUGUAUUUUAUCAUUGUUGGAAUACGAAAUUUUACGUGAGCGCAUCAAAUUUUGGUUUGCCAUUAAGCAAAGUUCAGAAUGCGUAAUAAUGUGAACGAAUUUGAAAAUAUAUAUUAAGUUGUCAAACAGAAAUACUGUCUAAAUUCUACUGAUAGAAUUAAAUCGGUCUGUCAGUGACGAAACUGCAAGUAAUCAAAUGGAUAGACUAAAUUGUUAAACGUUGUGGAUCGUCGGCUGAAACAUUUUUCUAACAUUAUAACUUACACGAAAAUAAAAGCAAUUGUAUUUGUAUACAGUAAAUAGUGUAUCUCUAAUGUUUUAAAUU